UAGCUCAUGCUUGCAUUGAAGAUGCGCUCUAAAACUGCCUUCUUUUGUACUUUAGUGCUGAAACUAACUUGUAGUGAAAAUGAGUUUGAAAACGCUGAAAAUAUUUUCGAACACAGUAUUGAUGAAAACGGAUAUGGCUUAAGUUGUGAAAGUCGGAAUAAAAGUAUUAUUCAUACUGAAACCGGAAAAUUAGUGAAAAGUAGAGAUGGUGUUAUUGUGAGAGCGGAAGGAAUAUUUCGAUAUAUUGGAGAAGACCCAAAUGUGUAUCUGAUGGAUUACACCCUUGAUGAAAAUGGGUAUCAGUUUGAAACAAUUGCGCUAAGUGAGGAAGACGAGGAAGUAAGAAUAAGUAGUGCAGCACUUGCCAGUUUGGCUGGAGGUGGGCUUGGYUAGGAAAAUUUAAGAAUUCUUCAAUAAAUCUACUGGUCUCUUUUUUACUCGGUUUUUUAUUAUUACUGUAAGCAUCUAAAAUCUGGAAUAAAAUACAUAUUUUAUUGGCGA